AUGGCCGCGCCCGCGACCCGGCAGGUCAGCGGCCCCGCUCUGGCCCCGGCCCUGGCCUCCGCCGGCCCGGAACACUGGCAGCGCCUGGCGGCCGCCGUCGCAGAGCUCCCGCUACUGGACGCGGCGGGUCGGCUGGUGCCGUUCGGCGCGCUGUUCGCAGAGCGGCGGGCCGUGGUGGUGUUCGUGCGGCAUUUCCUGCGUUACAUUUGCAAAGAAUACGUGGAAGAUCUGGCUAAAAUCCCCAAGAGUUUCCUGCAAGAAGCAAAUGUCACCCUUAUAGCAAUUGGACAGUCUUCUUACCAUCACGUUGAGCCUUUCUGCAAACUGACUGGAUAUUCUCAUGAAAUUUAUGUUGAUCCUGGGAGAGAAAUUUAUAAAAGAUUGGGGAUGAAAAGAGGUGAAGAAGUUGUCUCCUCAGGUAACAUCAUCCAUUUUAUACACCGUGAUAGGAAUAGGUUGGAUCACAAGCCCAUAAACUCUGUGUUACAGCUUGUAGGAGUUCAGCACGUGAACUUUACAAGCAGACCCUCCAUUAUCCAUGUGUGACUCGACACUGAAUCUGCCUCUUGUCCUGGAAAUGUGUCUUCACUGCAAGGUGUCACAGCUCUGUUCAGUGUCUCACCUGCUCGCCCUUCCCAGCCCUUGAUGUGUAAUGAACACAGAGAGUACCUGUUGUCAAAAAUGUGAUACACAUUUAAAUAUUUUUGUCUGUGUGUGUGAGCACAUGUAUGUGUAUAGGUGUAUAUGCACAUUGUACGUGUGUGUAGGCCAGGGGCUGAUACUGGAUGCCUUCUUCAGUCACUUUCUACCUUAUUUUUUUUCUCAAUUUUUAAAAAAUUUUUAUUAACAUUUUCCAUGAUUAUAAAAAGUAUCCCAUGGUUCUCUACCUUAUUUUUAACAAAACAGAAUUUCACCAAUUAUGAACCCAGAUCUCACCAAUUUGGCUAGCAUGUCUAGCCAAUUUGCCCCAGGGUUCUACCUGUCUCUGCCUCUCAAGUGCUGGGAUUGCAGGUUGUAACUGCCAUGCCCUGUAUUUACAGGGGCUCUAGGGAUCUGAACUCAGGUCCUCAUGUUUACAUGGCAAAUGAUUUUACUGACCAAGCCAUCUUCACCAUUUCUAAAGUUUAUACAUUUUUAUGGCUUUUGCAGUUUUAUACCAAAUAAUUAUAGAAAACAUUUUAAUACUUAUAACAUUAUGAAUACCAUUUUAUAUAUAGUAAAUCCAUUCAAUAAAAGAAUUUUUGGCAACUGAACUGUAUAAAGGGAAGGCAAGGUCAGAUAUGAUGGUGCAUAGCUAUAAUCUUAGGCUUAGCUUGAGGCAGGAGGCCAGUUUGAGCUCCACACAGUGAGACCUUGCCCCAGAAAAACAGUCAGUCAUCAAACAGUGAAAGAGAGGGAAGAAUGAAGGGAAGGGAAAGCCACUCAAGACCAUUUUAUUCAGUUAAAGAAAAAAUUUUGUAGUAUAACCACUUUUUAAAAAUAUUUUUGUAUGCUUAGAAAAGACGAAAUGAUACACCGUGUGUGUGCAGGGUGAUGACAGGUAUUUUUGCUCUUCCAAACUUCACAGUACUUCACCUGUUCUCUGGUGAGCCUGAGUGACUUGCCUGACCAGAAUGGUCUUGAAAGGGCCAACACCUGCCUACAGAACUCUCCCGCAUGGAGCGGAGUGCCCAGGUUGAACUUCCAUUGUGUUUGCGCUAAUGAAACCUCAAACAUCUCACAGCCACUGGCCCAGAGCUCCUGCACACUACACACCCACCACCCAGUUCACUGGGAGUUACUGAUGGAGUGAGGAGGGUCGAAAAACAUACUAU